GGAGGGCAAGUCAGAAGAGAUGUAUGUAACUAGCUAGCUAUCAUUAGCAGCUUCCCCCUAGAGGUAACUCCAGUUAACAGCCAGCUUUGUUGCAUUUAUAAAGAACGGGCAACCACAUCUUUUCAGCCUUUUUUUGCCGACACGCCGACCAGCUCUGAAGAUGGAAGGGGAUCAUAUCCACUGCAUGUCCUGUGUGAACCAGAGGUGCAUGGUCCGACCAGAACCAGGAUCCUCCUGCGAUCUCAUCACAUGUCCGUUGGUGUGUGGGGCCGUAUUCCACUCCUGCAAAGUGAAGGAGCAUCAACUUCUGUGCCCACUGGUGAGAGUCCCAUGCCUUAACAGUGGCUAUGGCUGCCCGGCAACAAUGGUGCGCAACCAGAUGUACGCACACCUGGAAGUGUGUCCCGCUGGAGUGGUCUGCUGCACUAUGGAGUGGAACAGGUGGCCCAUUAGCUGCUUGGAUUAUACUUCAUACGAGAGCCUGAGCCGUGGAGUGGAGGAGGUGGAGCAGUUGGACAUGGCGCUUGCCCUUCAGGACCAGCGUACACUCCUAGAGUCUCUGAAAGUGAUCGCCAUGGCACCCUCGUCAGAAGGCGAGGCACCUGUCCACGUCACUAAAGAGAACGGCGCAAAACACUCCGUUUUGCAGACAUCUGCUCCCGAGACGACCUCCUUUAUUGGAUCACCCUCACAGUCGUCCUCCUCAAAUCCGUCACAGCCACCCACGCCCGGCUCGGCCAAAGAGAAAAUUGUUAGUGGGAUUAAUGGCUUGAACGAGGAGCACUUCAGUAAACUGUAUGAGGCCACAGUUGAGACGGCGAGGAGUUUAGCUGCUGCCUUAGACUUUGUCAGCAGUGCCGGCUACAGUGAAGGUGGCCCGGAGUGUGUGAGAAAAGGAGCUGCUCUGCUGAAGAGUAGCUAUGGCAGCAACGGAGGCCUUCGGAACGGACUGGACGACACGCCGCUGGAAGCUGCUGAGGGUUUGCACAAAGGAGGCACGAAGGAGAAAAUAGUUUGCUCCAGCUGUUUGAGUGGAAAUGCUUCCCUGAGAGGAACAGACGCAAAGACUAAAAACGCAAACAACGGCUCGUCAGGAAAAGCUGAGGCGCAAGACGACAGUUUUUGUUUAUCUCACGAGCCUGCGUCCCCUCGCAUGAUUUCCCCGAUUCUAGUCAGCCAGGCGGUGGCACAAAGGCCCGGUCGCGUUGUGUUGGAAGAUGGCGGGCUUGUUCUUCCAGAGAGCUGCGGGCACGAGAGGAAGACGCUCGGCAGCCCUCCCUUUAGAAGCCAGGGCCAGUAUUCUUUAUCUAACGGAAGGAUAGGCGUCGCGCCAGACAAGUCGUUGUACAGACUGAGAACCAAGAUGGAGGACAAAGCGGUUGACACUUCGGACUUGGAGCAGGACGACGACCCCAUGGGUCUGGGAGAAAUCGACCUGAUCACGGCCGCCCUGCUCUUCUGUCUGGAAGAGUCCCGGGAGUGCAGGAGGAUCUCGGACACGGUUUACGUGGACGGCUACCGUGUGGACUUCGGCACGCAGACUUUCACUUUUCCCGCGGCAAUCUUGGUGACCAACACCAGAGUGGGGGACAUGGCCUCUGCCUCCGCCUGCGACCAUGCCGCCCCUCAGCUCACCUACCCCAGCCCCUUCCGCACACUCCGCCUGGGCCUGGUGCUCGAGGCCCUGGAGGUGGAGGCAGUCCCCCAUAACCGCUAUCUCCCUCCUAACCCCCGCUACCAGCAUAUGUUCCCCUUUGUGUGUGGCCAGUCAUUCCGCCGGGACCAGUUCGCCUCUCACUUCCGAAACGUCCAUGGCGACAUCCACGCCGGCCUCAACGGCUGGAUGGAGCAUCGCUGCCCUCUCGCCUAUUACGGCUGCACCUUCUCCCAGCGGAGGUUUCACCCGUCCGCACAGGGGGCCAAGGUGGUGCACGACAGGAACCUCAAGUCCUUCGGGAUUCAGCCUUGCCCAAAGGUGAAACUUCCAAAUGAGCCCCAGAGUGACCAGUUCAGCGGGCUUCCCAUCGAGAUACUGUGGCACAUCGCGGGGUUCCUGGACAGCUUCAGCUUGUGCCAGCUGUCGCUGGUGUCCCGGACAAUGAGGGAGGUGUGCGCCAGCCUCCUCCAGAGCAGAGGCAUCGUGGAGCUGCAGUGGGAGCAGAGGCAGUGUCCAGGCAGCCAUGGGACUGUAUCGUGGCAUAUCAAAAAUACAGUGUGGAGAUUCAGCACCGCCUUCAGCCCCGUGUCAUCGUGGGCGUUCACAGACGUCCCCAGCAUGUCAGUCCAUCUCAAAAAGUGCCACUUCAACCUCGUGGAGCAGAAGACCGAGCCCGUCCCCCUUCCCGCCAUGUGCACGGCGCGGGAUGGACUCUCCCUCCGCCGCGUCCUGCGCCAUGUCAACACCUGACCGGACCAGGCCGACGUCCGGCAGCUGCCUCAGACGCCCCGAACGUCUGAUGCUGCAACAGAACAUUUCUGAACACUUCCAGUAUGACUUUAGAUUAUGAAGAAGCCUUAAUGAAAUAAUACUACUUGCCAGGGUUGUUACGGGUGGUGUCUAUGUAGGGAAGACGAGAAAAGGAAAAAAAAAAAGAGCAUCCAGCAUCGCAUGGAUUUGUGCUAAAAGUGCACCUUUUAUUAUGGUUGAUCAGAUAUAUUUUGUUGACAAAACAGUAGAUUUAUGAUAUUCUAUAUGAUAUAUUAAAGUGAAAUCUGUCACUGCUCUGCCUUUCAGUUGUAGCCAUUGGAAACGGCAGAUUUUGGUUGUGUCGCACUAUUUCCUUGUAUCAGAAGUUAUCCCAGCACUUUACAAGAUAUUUGUUAACCUCUUCCAAGUCGAUUCAGGAACCUGAUCUUUUUUGGUCCCUACAGAGGGAAUCAAAAAACAACAGCUGGAUUGCCGGGUAAUGAAUCUGAUUUGCUACCACUUAAUAAAAUGUUUACUUC